GCCCGGAGCAGACGGACCGGCUGCUGCUCCGAACAGACUGGAGCUAGGACCCAGCACGGGCGGUGUGGCCGGGAUAUAAAUAGAGGGCGGCGGAGCAAAGUUUGAGGAGCAAGCCUGACAUCACCGCCUCUCCCCACCCAGAGCUGGGAUGAGGGGUGGACGCUGGAGGCAGCCCCAGAUGACUCGGCCGCUGCAGGGGGACAGAGUUCCUUCAGAAGUCCUCUUGGUCCCCAGACUCCAAGGAAGAAGGAACAGCCUGCUCCCAGCCUGGAUGGGGAUGAACGGCGGCUGCUGGCUCGGGCGGCCGUGACUGCUGGCCACGCUGCCUGCCUCGCGGGGCGUACUGCCCUGCGUUUGGGACGGCCCGUCCGGCCCGUCCGGGGCUCGCCGCCCCGCAUUCCACGGACGCUCCGCUGGCUGCGGCAUGUUUAUUGAUCCCUGAAGGCUCGAGAGUGUGCAGACGAGGACGGAGCACACGCCGCCUGCCACCGACUGCAGAGAGGCGGCUGCCUGUUCUUUCCAGAGCCCGUGAAAAUGUCCCUCCCCCGAGGAAGGGACAGUUAGAGCAGACACUUUGUCCCCGCCGCCGGGAGCCACAGGUGGCUCGCAGCUGGCCCCGGACGCAUGAUGAGGAGGCUGCUGCCUGGCUGCUGGCCCUCCUGGCUGCUGCUGCUGCAUUGCAAUUUUCAGGUGCGUCCAGCCCUCUGCGGGUCACAGGCCCACCCAGGGUUCGAGGUCUUGCUUACUGCUUCCCAUUACUGGCCCCUGGAGCCCGUGGAUGGGAUCCAUGAACUUCAGGAAACGACUGGAGCAUGGCACGCACACAACCUCACUGUGCUCCCCUCCCAUAACACUGCCUUCGUGCCCACCAAUGGCUCCGCCUACUCCAACGCCUCUGCGACCGUAGACAUCGUGGAAGGGAAGGUGGACAAGGGCAUCUACCUCAAGGAGGAGAAAGGCGUCACGCUGCUGUACUACGGGAGGCACCGCGCCUCCUGCCUCAGCAACCCCGCCCAGUGCGGCCCCGAAGGGGUCACCUUCUCCUUCUUCUGGAAGACGCAGGGCCAGCAGCCCGGGCCGGCCUCCCCCACCUAUGGCGGGCAGGUCAUUUCCGAGGGCUUCAAGAUCUGCGCCAGCAGCGGCAAGGGCUCCGUGGAGCUGUACGCGCGGGACAACUCCAGGACGUGGGAGGCCACCUUCAGCCCGCCAGGCCCCUACUGGACGCACGUCCUGUUCACCUGGAAGUCCAAGGAGGGCCUGAAGGUCUACGUCAACGGGACCCUGAGCACGGCGGACCCCCGCGGGAAAGCGGCUCACGCCUACGGGGAGCCCAGCGCCAACCUGGUGAUCAGCUCGGGGCAGGAGCGGAGCGGGUGCUACGAGAGCGGGGCGUUUGACGAGCUCAUCAUCUGGGAGCGGGCGCUGACCCCGGAGGAGAUCGCCUUGUACUUCAGGGCGGCCGUAGGAAAGCACAGCGGGCCGUCCCCGACGCCGCCCAGCCUCCUUGUGACGCCUGCGGCCGGCACUCCGGUGCCCACCGACGCCUACCGCCCCAUCAUAGCCAACCUGACGGAGGAGCGGAGGAACUUCCAGAACCCCGGGGUGGUGCUGAGUUACCUUCAGAACGUGUCCCUCAGCUUACCCGACAAAACCCUCUCCCAGGACACGGCACGGAACCUGACCGAGACCUUCCUGCGAACAGUGGGAGAACUGCUGCUGCUGCCCAGCUGGACGGCCGUGUCCGAGGAUGACGCCACGGUGCCGGGCCUGGUAGAGACCGUGGACACCGUCAUGAGGCACAUCUCCUCCAACCUGCGCGCCGACGGGUCCCGGGUCGCCUUCACGGGCUCCUCCUCCUUGGCAGAGUUCUCCGUGGCCAAGCUCCUGCCCAAGACCUUGAACUUCUCCCACUACCGCUUCCCAGCCCAGGGCCACAGCUACAUCGAGAUUCCGCACGAGGCCUUCCACAGCCACGCCUGGACCACCGUCGUGGGCCUGCUGUACCACACGAUGCACCGCUACCUGAGAAGCAUCCGGCCAGACAGCACCAAGAUUGCCGAGGCCACGGCCUACCAGGGCUGCCUGCUGUCCGCCGCCAGCUACCUCAUCUCCCUGGAGGUCGCCCCGCCGCCCGCGCUCUCCCAGAACCUGUCGGCCUCCCCGCUGGUCACCGUGCGUCUGGUGCACAAGCUGACGGACAGGCAGCACCGCCAGGCCGCCAAUGAGAGCAACCGUGUCUUCCUGUACUGCGCCUUCCUGGACUUCAGCUCUGGGCAAGGGGUCUGGUCGAACGAGGGCUGUGUCCUAGCAGAAGGGACCCUGGGCUACUCUGUCUGCCGCUGCACGCACCUCACCAACUUCGCCAUCCUCAUGCAGGUGGUCCCGCUGGAGCUCACACACGGACACCAGGUGGCGCUCUCGUCCAUCAGUUACAUCGGCUGCUCCCUGUCCGUGCUCUGCUUGGCGGUCACGCUGGUCACCUUCGCCAUGCUCUCCUCUGUCAGCACCAUCCGCAACCAGCGCUACCACAUCCACGCCAACCUGUCCUUCGCCGUCCUGGUGGCCCAGGUCCUGCUGCUCAUCAGCUUCCACUGCCAGCCAGGCACAGUGCCCUGCCGGGUGCUGGCCGUGCUCCUGCACUUCUUCUUCCUCAGCGCCUUCGCCUGGAUGCUGGUGGAGGGCUUGCACCUCCACAGCAUGGUGGUCAAGGUCUUCGGCUCGGAGGACAGCAAGCACCGCUACUACUACGGGAUAGGAUGGGGUCUCCCUCUUCUCAUCUGUGCCGUCUCGGUGUCCUGCUCCUUGGACAGUUAUGGGACCAGGAACAACUGCUGGCUGUCGCUGCAGAGUGGCGCCGUCUGGGCCUUCGUAGCCCCUGCCUUGCUCGUCAUUGUGGUCAACAUCGGCAUCCUGGUCGCGGUGACCAGGGUCAUCUCGCAGAUCAGCGCCGACAACUGUAAGGUCCGCGGAGACUCUGGUGCCUUCAAGCUGACAGCGAAGGCCGUGGCCGUGCUGCUGCCCAUCCUGGGCACCUCGUGGGUCUUCGGCGUGCUGGCCGUCAACCACCAGGCGGUGGCCUUCCAGUACAUAUUCGCCACACUCAACUCCCUGCAGGGCCUCUUCAUCUUCCUCUUCCACUGUCUCCUGAACUCGGAGGUGAGAGCCGCCUUCAAGCACAAGACCAAGGUCUGGUCCCUCAGCAGCAGCUCCAGUCGCAGCGCCCUCCCGAAGCCCUUCAGCUCCGACGUGAUGAACGGGACCCGGCCGGGCACAGCCUCCUCCAAGCUCAGCCCCUGGGACAAGAGCAGCCACUCUGCCCCCCGUGCGGACCUGUCCCCUGUAUGAGCAGAGGCCCCCCGCUCAGCCCACAGCCUGGUGCACAGCCACAGGCGGACCCCCAGACCGGGUCCCCCUGCAGGCUGAGCGGUCCCCUGUCGUGCCGCACAGGCCUCCCCACAUCACCGCCUGCAGUAGGCCCGGGGCUGCGGGUGCACGGGGCCCGGGGGCCUCGGCACCCGGAGGGGCCGCCGCACCUGCUCCAGGGUGGGGCUCGGGACCCUUCGAGGGGGGUUAAGGUCGCCGCGCCCCCCCAGGGUCAGGCCGAGUGGACAGGGAACGUGGGACAGAGAAUGAGCAAUGUGUCCCCCUGCCGAGGUCACCCAGCAGCAGGCUCACCGUAGCCAGGCUCCAGGCCCAGAGCCAGUCUCUGCGGCGAUGCUGCGAUGAGAGGUCUGUGCCGGGGUCCCCACCGAUGCCGGGCUCGGCGCCGGACUUCAAGGCCACCGCUGAAGCUUCUCAGCCUGACCCUCCUGCGUGCUGAUGCUUCAGACUCAGCCGCCUUCAAAUACCGCCUUCUAGCACCCGAGCCUUCUGUUCCUGGUGGGCGGCCAGCCAGGGCCCGGCCAGAUGUUUUCCGAGGCCUGACUCCCCUCGGGAGCCUCCCCUCAUCACUCACAGACCCUGUUCCGCGUCUGAUGCGCAGACUGCCGUCCGUCGCUGCCGUCUGUCUUCCGAGCUGACGUGAAUCUGUGGACUCAGGCCCUCGGGCCGUGGAACCGUCACAACCCCGCGUGUGGUCAGGCUCCUGCACACGCCGGGCUUUGCCUCCGUGGACAUGAGCCGGGCACAGCGGCGGUGUUUUGGAGUGGGUGGCGUCUGUGAAAAGCGUGCGCAGGAGUGCAGACUGGCUCUGACACCGGGAACUUCCUCGACACUGUGACCCAGCCCCUCCUCAUGCCCCGCGCCCUGGUCACGUCGGUCGGGACCGUGGCCCACAGGCACCCCCACCGUGGCAGGAGUCACGCAGGCCGCACGUCCCCGGGGGUGAACUGCCAUGUGUCCUCCCAGCGAGGUCCCAGGAGCACCAGCCGACAGGCGUGUGAGACGGUGCCACCGCCUGGCGCCGGCCCCUGGCUGGUGCGGUGGAGACCCCCAGGCGUGCUGGGCAGUCCCGUGUGCCGGUCCGUCCUGCCGUGAGCACCCCGAAGUGAGAACACUGUAUUCCUAGGAUUUACACCCGGAUUUUGUUUUCCUGCUCCGCUCCCGGUGAAGCGAACUGCGUAGGAACUGUCUGCACGGACUCUCGUCUGUUAGCGGUGCUCACUCUCCGUCGCUGGUGCAUCAAGAGACGCUGCGGACAAACCUGCUUCCAGUGAGUGAAGAGUGCACUCUGCUUCUACGCCACAUGUUCUGGCUUCUGCGACAUUUUAUCCCCUACGUGUGAUCUGGCCGAAGAUAAAACGGGACGGAAUCGUGUGUCAGAGCAGCGUCCAGCCCAGACGAGGAACGGCGCUGCGCAGAGGAACCGUACGGGGACUUUGAUGCAGUAAAACCUUCGUGUGCGUCACACAGUGGGUGUGGUCUGGCGUCUUUGCUUGCGGAGGGGUCAGCAGAACCGUGAGUCGCUCGACAGAAAUUCAAAGAAAAACGCACAUGGGCCGCAUCCACACAGGACGCCCACGUUGCAGCUCGGGGACCCGGUGACAGGCGACGCCCCUCGCCUGCUGUCACGGGAGCCACUUGCUGGGGGUGUGGGGACACGGCCAGUGUCACAGAGGGGACAGGAGGCGGUGUGCACGGGGACGGUGCCUCCGCCCAGCUGUGGGUCGCUCAGGCUCACACCCCUCCUGGCCCCCCGCCCGCCUGCUCCCGAGUCCUCGCCCACGGGGAGACGUGACCCACAUGGCCCGACGUCACGCCCGUGGUGCCGCCAUCUGCCUUCCCACGUCAGGCUCCCCGGAACCCUUCUCCACACCCCCACACGCUGCCCAGGGUGCGCAGUGAGGUGCGUGCCCCCCCCGGGGGGGUGCCGUUCUGUGGGAGCCUGUCUCACGACGCGGUGGUUCCCGUGUUUGUCACACACGUGUAACAGAGUGUUUUAUUGACACACAUGGCUGUACAUGCCUUAAUCAGUAUCGCACCUAUCUAUACAGUCUGAUCGAUCGAUAGACACCGAUUUUUUAAUGUCUUUCUGCUUAUGGCUCGUUUCUUCCUCUAUUGAUUAUUUCGCAGAUUAAAAUGUCGAAAUUGGAUUUCUGCUUCAGAAAGAGUAGAUAAUUCCCUGAGUCAUGA